ACCGUAUCAUGGUCCUCCAUGGCCAUGUCGUUAGUACGAGCAAAAGCUUUCUUCGUUUUUGCCCUCGUCGCGUUCCUUAGCACACAAAGAUCCUCAGCAGUCCCCACACUUCAGCUGUCAGUGCGGUCACGUGAAUACGUCACGAGACAUACCUCCCUGACGGCCAGAUGUAACGUGACAAGCACGUCUACCGAAGAUAGCGUGACCGAGAAUGGUGUGACUCUCGUCUGGUCACGGAGAGAACAGAAGCUUGUUAGUGGCAAUGCUUCGGUUGCCUUGGUGAUUGACGACGCUUCACCCGAUGAUGCUGGUGUGUACGUCUGCAGUGCGGUCAGCGGUCUAGCAGCAGAAUAUUCCCUAGCAGUGAUAAAUUUCACAGCCGUAAUCGGAGACCCACCUGGACGGCCUGAGAAACCUUUUCUGGAGUACCUAUAUGGCUUUCCACCUUCUGUCAUUGGUGCUUUAGCAUUCAAGCUCAACAUCAAUCCAACGACUUCCAAUUGUAAAACAGCUAUAAAACCUGAAAUCUCAGAAAAAUACGAGUUGCUGCUUUCUCCGAAUCGCUGUUACAGAAUAGGAACUCUUAGCGCUUAUCAAGCUGCGCAUGUAUGUACUCAAAAAGACCGUGUCACAAAUAAAGUUGUUUGUGACAUAAGUCAAGAGUUACGGAAGUGCCCAGACUGGAAACAACGUUGUCGCUACCCUGUAGUGGGGUGUGGCAUUCUUUCAGCUGUUGUAAAGGCUACAAAUGUAUUUGGAUCAACUUACAGUUCGCUUAGCGGAUGGAACCUUCCAUAUAAAACUAAAUGUGGUUUGCCAGGUAACUUACAAGCCAUCGACGUUCAACGGAAUCUCGUAACACUGUCAUGGCAUACCCCGGAUGUUCUGAUGGACAGCUCUAGGUCCCUGAUACAUUUCCAAAUCCGUUGUUCUCCAGGGUGCGGUGGGAUCGUCCAGUAUAAUCCUAGUGAGACCUUGAAGCAGCGCUCCACGUGGCUUUACGAAAUUACGUCACUUCCGGAGAACACUGAGAUCACCUUCCAAGUACGGUGUUCCCUUGUAAGCGAUCAGUUCUCGGACCACGACCCUGCAGCAAUCAUUACAGUGAGAACCAAGGAAGGAGUUCCUCGAGGCAGUGUAAAGUUCUUGGAAUAUGAAGAGGAGCCUAUUGACACACUGACAAGAAACUUUACUCUGCAAUGGCAGAAACCCGACCAAGAAUCCCUAAAAGGGCGACUCCGCAAAUACCUAUUCAGGUACUGGCGAGAGCAAAACGAAAGUGACGUAUAUUCAUCUGUCUCAACCCGUGACGUCACCACACUCGAAGUUGAUGCAAACAGCACUUCCGUGGUAUUAAGUGAUAUUUUGCGUGACAUGAGUUACGUAAUCAGCCUGGAAGCGUGCACAAGUGUCGGCUGCACGAAACCCAGCUACUACGUGCUGAAACGAGAAGCCAGACCUGUCAGCAAAAAAGUAUAUUCAAGCCGCGUCCGCGCCACAUCUUCUUCUCUGGCUGGGUCCGGUAUGAUCGCCCUAUGCGUCAUACUCGGCACUCUCGGUCUCUGUCUGAUUACUGGCGCCAUCGUUUGGUUUCACAGAAGGAAUCAGGGGACUGGCUUACGUGAAUCAUUACCGCACAAAGAGAUGGUUGAACCAAUGCAAUUCAAGGCAUUUGCUCCGCCAGAAGUUGAUGAGCCAUACUCUGAAAUCUCCGUCCCAGUUCCUGUCCGAUCUCGAUCGCCAAGCGAAGAUACGGCUAUAACAGAAACUUGAAGUGGUUUUAUAUGUUUUUUGUAAUGUAUUUUACUGUAUAUUUUGUAAUAAAUUAUGUAAAACAUAA